CCUCUGUCUCGCAGGUGGUACUUUCUGUUGAUAGAAGGUCAAAUGACUCCGCAUGUCUGACUGUUUGUAUUUUGCAGACAUUCUUGAUCUAUUCCGCGAAUAACGGAUGCAACAUUUUAUAACGCCGAUGUUGUUUACUUCGCGAUCGUUUCACGUCGUUCUGAAAGUUUGAAAAGACAACAUCAAGUAUAGACCACCUUGAAAGCCACAAGGAAGAGAAGGAAGACACUGCCAGUACCAUGUUCAGCACCAAAAGACUGAAAAAGAAGUCUCAGUCGGUGGACAUUGCCAGCCAAGGUUUCUCCCCGACUCUGGUGCCAUCCUCGCCCCUCAAUAAAGCUGCAUCAGCGGUUGCCAAGACUACCACAGACCUCGCAGUGCAGGAAAACAACACCACAAACUCCCAGCGCCGCAGCCCACGGUGUGGCGAACUGAAGAGAGGCUACACCAUUGAUACCGGCCAGAAGAAGACCCCAGAGAAGAAGGAUGGGAGGCGCAUGUCAUUCCAGAGACCCAAAGGGACCAUCGAAUAUUCUGUGGAGUCUCGGGACACAUUGAACAGCAUUGCACUCAAGUUUGACACCACACCGAACGAGCUGGUUCAGCUGAACAAGCUGUUUUCCCGGGCAGUUGUGCCUGGCCAGGUUUUGUAUGUUCCUGAUCCUGAGUACGUCUCCAGUGUUGGAAGCUCCCCUUCCCUCAGUCCCAUCAGCCCUCUGUCCCCCACCUCCUCAGAAGCUGAUUUAGAGAAGGUGACGGAUUCAGAUGGACCCUCAAAACCAGAAGCUGUUCUCCCUCCAGUGUUUUCUGCCCUACGUCAAUCCAGAGUGGUGUCAUCCACCUCCGAGGAGGAAGAGGCCCUUACGGAGAAGUUCCUUAAAAUCAACUGCAAGUACAUAACUGAUGGAAAGGGGUCAGUAAGUGGGGUAUUGCUGGUGACCCCCAACAACAUCAUGUUUGAUCCUCAUCGAAUGGACCCACUAGUACAGGCCCAUGGGUGCGAGGAGUAUGGUAUCAUGUGUCCUCUGGAAGAAGUCCAAUCUGCUGCCAUCUUUAAAGAGAUCACUGACGCCAAGAUCAGAGAGACGGUGCCUGAUGACCUGGAACCGCUGCCGUCUGAGAGACAUCCUUCCCAGCAGAGGGAUCCGGAGCAGCUCUUGAGAGAGCCAGGAGCCAAUGACAGUGGUAGCACUGCCCCACGCAGCACCGAGGGUUCAAUUUCAGAAGAUGUUUUCACGGAGUCUGAGCUGUCCCCCAUCAGGGAAGAAGAGCAAGCAUCCAGUGAGGAUGUCUGUCUGGACAAGUCUUCUUGCGCCUCUACAGAGUCUGUGCAAACCGUGACCCAAGAAGAGCCAACUAUCUCACAGGCCCCAGAAAUUUCCCACAUCUCAGAGCCUUCAGCAUCAAAGGCUUCCACCACAGUAGUGGACAAUGCUCAAGACACUGCCGCAGAAAAGAAUAUUCAGUCCCCAUUGGGAUCCAAGCAGCACAGUGAAGAGAAGCCGCCAGGCACACCCGCGACCAGCACCAUCACUAGUCAGGCCCUGCGCCCCAGCAGCAGCAGCAGCACCUCCUCUUGUGCAGGGUCCCAAAGUUCAGCCACCCCACUUGCCACAGACACAAUUUCUGUCACAGCCACACAACUGGGGGAUGCCAAUGAGGGGACUGAAGCCUCCAAAACAGACUCUAUGCAACAAGGGACAGUGGAAAAAGAUAGUGUAGAACAAGGACAAAAGGGCAGCGCGCAGAAUUCACAGGGAUCUGCAGAGAACAGGAAGAGCCACUCACACAAAUUCCUUUGUUUGCGGGUGGGGAAGCCGAUGAAGAAGACGUUUGUUUCCAAUGCCAGCGCAUCCAUGCAGCAGUAUGCCCAACAGGGCAAGAAGCAUGAGUACUGGUUUGCUGUGCCACAGGAGAGGUCAGACCACCUUUAUGUGUUCUUCAUGCAGUGGAGCCCAGAUAUGUAUGGUGAAGGUGUCAGGGGAAUGGGACAAGAACCUGGAUUUAUGGUUGUCAAGAAGUACGAGGUGUCAGAAAGCGCCGUGGACGAGCCCAUUACUGACCUCAAUGUCAAAGAAUGGGAGGUAGUGUCUAUGACGGAGUACCACCGUCGGAUCGAUGCUCUAAACAGUGAAGAUCUGCGUUCGCUCUGCAAAAGACUUCAGAUCACGACCAAAGAGGAGGUGAACUCCAAGCAUGACACGUCCAUCAAAACUGAACUGGAGCCUGAAACAUUCAAACCAAACCUCAGAGAGCCAAGUGAUCUCCUGGAGGCCGAUCAAAUUGAGAAGCUUGCAAGGAAUUUGCCACCGCGGACCAUUGGUUACCCGUGGACGCUUGCCUUUGGCACAUCCAAACAUGGCAUGAGCAUCAAGUCGCUGUACAGAGCCAUGCAGGGACAAGACACCCCAGUUCUCAUGGUCAUUAAGGAUAGCGAUGGACAAGUUUUCGGGGCCCUAGCGUCAGAGCCCUUCAAAGUCAGUGAUGGCUUUUAUGGCACAGGAGAGACCUUCCUCUUCACUUUCAAUCCGGAAUUUGAGGUGUACAAAUGGACCGGCGACAACAUGUUCUUCAUCAAGGGAGAUAUGGACUCCUUAGCGUUUGGCGGUGGAAGCGGCGAGUUCGGUCUGUGGCUGGAUGGAGACCUUUACCACGGCAGGAGUCACUCGUGCAAAACUUUUGGGAACCCCAUGCUGUCGAAAAAGGAGGAUUUCUAUGUGCAGGACAUAGAGAUCUGGGCUUUUGAGUAACAACAGCGGGUGCACCACAAGGGAAACAGACAAGUCCAGCAUUCAGGAAGAGUGAGGACCGGGCCUCCUUAGAACAUUGGCAACGUCCCAACCCUAACUGCACAUCACCGGGGCUCCCCAAGCCCGCUAUCGGAUGCUUAAUUGUGCGUUACUACUGCAGUUACUCUGGAGCUUUAUUUUCUUUUUUUUUUUUUUGUCUUUGUGGGAAAACUACCUUUUUUGCGCGUGUCUCGUUUUAUGGCCUCGUGCAGCAUCUUUCCUGCGCAGUCGAGCGGUGGGAAUGUCAGUGGAAAGGGAUCAUGGGAAAGGGGACUGCGCUGCGCCGCCUUGAGCGGUCCAGACAGGCGACCCCAGCAGCCACUCAACUUUUGUCCGCGCAGUAGGACGUUGUCCGUCAGGGGGUGAAUGAGGAAGAAGGAAGAGAAAUACACAUUCCUAUCCACGUGGUGAUGAUGUUGAAUCCGAAGCAAGCGAUAAUAGGGGGAACUGUAACACUAGGGAGAAAUUGGAGAUGAGAGCUUCGGCUUGUUUAUUUUGUUGCAUUGAGUUUCCCUCCCACUGUCCGAUUCCCAGGAGGUCCUCUUGAGGCUAAACUAAUCGAGUAUAUUGUGUGUGGUAGUCCUCCUGUCGUUCACUGUCCUAGCACACCAUCUGAAAGCACAUAGCUAUAACCAGAUCAGCCAUCGUCGUAACGUUCUGUUCAGUGGGUGUAUGUGUGAGUCCAGCUAACACCGGCUGUACUGUUAGUAGACGGUAACGUGUUGCAAUAGAUUUUGUGGAAUAUGCAAAUAACUGUCGUGUGACCUCAAAUAGCCCCGCCAGGGCCCGCGGCACUUUGGCCGCCGCCUGUGGCGCUUUCAUGAGAGGAGAAGGCGGAGCGCUUUUUCGUCUUGAUACACAAAUUGCUUUUCUGGCUCUCGCUUGAAAAGCCUGAGACGUGCUAGGCCGUUUUACAUGCAUAUAUGACAAUUACAGUAUAUAUCGGUAUGUAUGAUUAUAUAGCGGUGUGUAUAUAAUCAUAUAUAUAUUUGGCUGUUAAGUGUGACAGUGAUCUAUUUGUGCUGACAUUUCAGCUGUUAUAAUAUCAUGUAUAUUACCCUGUAAAUGAUGCGAUAUGCAGUAAAUAUAUAUGACCAAGUGUGGAUUGGUGGGUUUGCUUCUAGCACUUUAAUCUGGUGUAAAGGUGUCCAGGCCAGGCUCUUAGACUCUAUUAGCAGUAGCUGUACAGUACUCUUUUGUUUAGAUCCAUAAGAUGUUCACUGUUUGUAGAAAGCUUUGCUGCUACGAAUCUCAAUAUGGUUUAUGCCCGAACGCUCCGCGUGGCAAAGGAGGGACCCCUCUGAUGUCGGAAGUGUGGUGGGAUGAUGUGGUUGAGUGCUUUGCUGGUUGGGAUGCCAGGUGAGCCUCAGACAGGUAGGUAUGCUGGCAUUUUAACAUGGGGCGCUGCCUAAACCUCGCCCCGAUGGCCCUUCUCGUCGCCACCGCCCCCGCCUCCUCCUCUCUGGUCUUCCGCGCCAGUAUUUGUGUCCUUGUGGAGAGUCACAAAGAAUAAUAUGGAUAAUUCUUCCAGUUAUUUCACCUGAAUACCAUGUAUCAGUGAUCGAUCAAUGAAUAAAGAUAAACUAACGGUUAUAACCAGGGA